UCCCAACAUACCCUUCAAUAAAAACCCAUAACCAGCCUCCAUUUCUCCCAGGGUUCUCUUGCCCCUCGCUCGAAACCCCGAAACUGUAGUCGAAGGAGCUUUCUCUCCUGCCUUUUCCCCACGAUUUCCUCGCCGCAAGAGACACUCCAUUCAACAAUUUGUUUUACCAAUAAUGCACGUAGUGAAAGAAUGGGAAGUGGGAGUUUGUUGUGGAAUUUGACAAAGAAAUAUUUAACAGUUGGGGUCAUAGGGCUAACCAUUACAGACCGAUAUGCUAGUAUUGUUCCGGUACGAGGUGGCUCUAUGUCUCCUACGUUUAAUCCUAGGACCAAUACAGUUUUGGGGUCAUUAGAUGACCGUGUUUUGAUCGAGAAGUUUUGCCUUGCAAAGUACAAAUUUUCGCAUGGCGACGUGGUAGUUUUUCGCUCCCCAAGUGAUCACAAGCAGAAACUCAUUAAGAGAAUUAUUGGCUUACCUGGUGACUGGAUGGGGACUCCUCAAAAUGAUGUGGUCAAGAUUCCAGAAGGACACUGUUGGGUUGAGGGAGACAAUCCAGCAUCUAGCAUGGAUUCAAGAAGUUUUGGCCCAAUUCCUUUGGGUUUAGUUCAGGGAAGGGCUACGACCAUUGUAUGGCCUCCUCACAGAAUAUGCCAGGUUGAGAGAAGAAUCUUUGAAGACAGAUUUUCCCCCUCCGCAUGAACUUCCAGUAACAGUUCUCUUCUUGUGCGGGAUCACAAAUUCUCAAGUUUUUCCCGAGUCCCGUUUCAACAUUCCUUUAUGGAAUCAUGUUGCCUAUUUGCUUUCCACCCUUUGUUGUGUGGCUUCACUGCAACCAAAACCGGUUCUCUACAUUCCUUACUGAGAAUCACAAUUAUUUGAAAUAUUCAGUGUAUUGACAACUUAGCAAAAAUCCAAAUGGACUAGAGUGCAUUUUUGAAGAGAAGGAAAGUUUUUACAAUUUCUA